GAUCAACUCCCAUCUAUAAAUUGACUCACCUCUUCAUUAGUUUUGUUAUCAUUCCAAAACAAAAUCUUCUUACGCUCCUCAUACUGAAACUAAACUCAUUUCUUCAAGAUUUUAAGAAAAUGGACAAGAAAGAUGAUGGUGCAAAAUCUGGUAAUGUAGCACAAACCGGUGGCUCUGUAUCUGGUUCGGUGAAUAUGGUGGCGCCAGGGACGGGAGGUGCAGUUCAGAUACCUCGGGAUGCUUUCGAGGCAAACACUAAGGCUUAUUUUGGCGACCUUCAUGCCAAGGACAAGACAACUAAGUGAUCAGUGUUUAGUGGUUAAGUAAGAAUG